AUGGAGGAGGCCGUUGCAAUAGCGGAUUGUCCUCCUACACCGGAAAUACUGCCCCUGGCAAGCACGCCCCCAUCGCGAACCCGGGGCGUGUGCAGUUCAUCCUCGAGCGAGGAAGCCGACGAGACGACCAAUGGUCGCCGAUCCCCGUCACCGAAAUGCGCUAUAUGUCUGGGAAAGUGCCGCCAGCGAGCAUACACGAACUCCUGCAAGCAUGAGUUCUGCUUCCAAUGCCUGCUGGAGUGGAGCAAGGUGAAACCGGAAUGUCCGCUCUGCAAGCAACGGUUCUGUUCCAUCGUACACCACAAGACGGACGGUUUCGUAGAGGAACUCAAGUUACCCGAUCCGCACAACGGAAUUUGGAUUCCCAACUUAGUGCAAGAACUGUCACGGACAUUGCAUGGCGCGCAGCAAAUUCACUUACCCUACGGUACUGUUGCCGAGCGGCUGCAGCGCCUGUUGCUAUAUCGGUCCCCCGACGUGGAUCGAUUUAUCCGGGAGUUCGGUAACGAAUUCAUUCCGCCCCGCAGUGACGUUCUCGAGUGGCGGCGGUUCGUCUACGUCCACGGAUUGUACUCUUGUCCCACGGCAGACAUCAAUGGUCGCUUUCGCGAAUGUUCCGCAGCGUUUUACAGGGAAAACCCAUCCCAAGUACGCCGCAUCUUUCCGUGGAUGAAUCGAGAGCUAUACGCGCUUGGAGUGGUUUCGCCAAAUACGCGAUCAGAAGGCCUCACGGACAUGCUGCAAUCGUGCGACAUCGAUUCGCGACAGUUUAUCAUUCGUUUGGCGCGCUAUAUUCCGCUCGAAUUCGGCGAACACUUCCAGCACGAGCUUCUUAACUUUGCACGCUCGCCGUACGAUAUGAUUGGGUACGAUCGCUGCGUACAGUACAAUCCGAGGUUCUUCUCGCGCCCAGCUCGUAAUCAGGUCGUCAUCUCGUCCGAAUCUGACAAUGAGGAUAUCGUCUAUAUGGCCCCUACUGCACCAAGCACAUCUUCGGCAAGCGCUCCAAGCUCGGUUGCCGUAGUUGUUGAUCCAAUUAUAACCGUGGGCGAUGCUGGAACUGACAGCAACGUUGGAGCUGGCGUUGCAGUGGCCACAACUAGCGACACCAGUAACACCACCACCACCACCACCAGUAGUACCGCUGCGGACAAUACGGUCACGGCGGGCAGAGCCGAUGACGCCGGUAGACGCAGGGUGCGCACCGAGAUCCGUGUCGAGCUGCGUUCGAUGCAAGGCACGAACUCCAGUACCUGCCCUACGCUAACGGUGACCUCGGAGAGAUACGAAAAUGAACCACCCGUACCGAUUAUCAUUAACGGUGAAAACAUAUUGCUCUCGUCGAGCGAUUCCGAUGACUGUCAGUUCGUGAUGGCGCAGAAGCCACCCCACCUGCGCACGCCGGACCACGUUGUCGAUCUGGGAUCCGGCUCCGACAGUGACGUGGUGUUCGUCAAUCAAGCCACGACAAGUACGACCCAGUCGAAACGGAGCCAGCUACAAGGAAAGCCGAAUUUGCUGAAAAAAGAAACCUCCGGUUCCCACGACUACAACAACGGUGCGUCGACCAGCUCGGGCUACUGCGGUGGUGGAGGUGGUAGCGGAGGAAGUGUCGCAAGUGGCGGCGCGUCGAAUUUACACCGCACCAAGUACUACGCCCGACCACGGCUGAACAGAUACUCGUGCGGUGUGGGAGUGAAGCGAAUCUACGAGGAAAGCAACUCGGAUGACUCGGACGCUAUGUUCAGUGUGUCCUCGAGUAGAAGACGCGCGUCCUCCAGCACAAUAUCGGAAACCUCACUAUCAGAUUUGUCCGCACAUGAAGGGGCCGGUGUAGGCGGCGUACAAUCACGUGCGACCAGCCACCAUGGACGCGGGCGGAAUGAGAAAAAGAUCGACGUCAAGAAACCACGGCAACCAAAGGCGACGAAGCGAGCGUCUCGAACCCGCCGCCGCAGCAGCAGCAGCAGCAGUAAUUGCAGUUGCAGCUCCAGCAGCAUCAGCAGCAGCAGUAGUAGCAGCAGUAUUAGCACCCAUGUCGAGAGCAAGAAAACAAGAAGUAGACGCGGAACGAAACGCGCUAACAGCAAGAGCAGCGCUAGCAGCAGAAGUAGCAGUGCUGCCAUCGAACCCAACAACACAGCGGGGGUGGUGGUCGCUGUGGAAGUGCGUAAUUUGCGGAACACACGAAGCCGGCAGCAGGCAAGUGUCGUCGAUGCUGCGGAAGCGAAAUCGCGAAAACGUCCCGCCACGCGACGUCAGAAGAAACGCAAGAGCGUCCGGAAGGAGAAGGACAUCAAGCAGCAGUCGUGUCCUAAGGAAGACGAACCGGCCGGGCCAAGCAAAGCGAACAAAUCGAAGCGAAGGAAAACAAAAAAGAAGUCUCAAUCAUCCUCCAAAGCGGCAAAGAGCUCGCACAAUCCUGACACGCAAGCGAGUAAAGCAUCGCCGGGUCGGAGAGGCGCCAGCAGGCGCACCAGCAAGAGCAAAAAGCGCACGAAACUGUCGGCGGAUCACGAAGCGGGAUCCUCGCGAGAAACGCCAAAGGACGAGGCACACUACGUCAUCGCGUCGCCACCAUGCAACUCACCCACGAUGCACGUACCGGUGGAUGGUGGUGAUGGGACUGGGGGUGAGGUGCGCAAGCUCCGAAGCGUUAUCAUAAAACGUUGCCAUUACAACAAGCAAGCGGAUGCUCCGGUCCGUUCGAACAUACGAGAGAUCGAUCUGACGGGUGGAGCGGAGGAACCGGUACGGGAAGCACCCGUUACGACCCCACCCGUUGAACGGUGCGUGGCGCAAGAGGAGGAACCGUCUACCUCUAGAGCUGUGUCACAAACUGAGCGCCAAGAAAACGACGGGGACAGGACAGGUGCUGAGAUUGCAGACAGCAACGUUCCCGCAGUCGAUGUGAAUGUGGUUGAUCUUGUUGCACCGUGUGUUGCACCGGAGGAAACUGCUACGACGUCGGUGGUUUUGGCCAGUGAGUUGGAACUACCAACCGGCACGGUGCCUGGUGCUGGCUGGUGUGAAUCCGGAACGUCCGCUGAGUGUACGGUGGCAACGGAGGAACCGUGCAAUAUAUUGCCAUCGGAGCAGCAAUCUGAGCAGCUGGAAGAGAACUGUGUCCAGCAUCAACUGCCACCACAAUCAAAUGAUAUCGAUCAACAACCGCUACACCACCGACCGCUGAUAGAGGAAAGCGACACCUUGGUUGAUGCGGACGAUAGCAAUACGGGCGCGUCGGAAUCGCUCUUCGAUACGGCGCUCAACUGGGUUCAAGCUGCUGCACCCGCUCUGAUCGCGGAGGAACCGGGUCUUUCGUCCACGGCGGCCUCCCCGUUUUCAUCGAUAUCGUUCCCACCGUCCACGACGUCGGUUUCGCCGUCACUCUCGAUGUCCUCGCAAUCGCUGGCAUUGCCCACGCCGGCCUCACCGUUGCAGCUGAUCGAGAGCAUAGGCCCGAUGGAUUGCGAUUCACCGUUGCCCUCAUCCGUGCUCGGGAUCGAUGCGAUCGAAGGAACCAUCGAUGAGAUCAUGGCCACUGGAGUCAUUCAAACGUCGUCGGAGGUAUCGGCCACGUCUACAGAGUUAUCGGCCACGUCUACGGAGGUAUCGGCCACGUCUACGGAGAUAUCGGUCACGUCCACGGAAGUUUCAGCCACAUCCACGGAGGUGUCUGUCGAAUCCGAGACGGCCACCAGUGCGCCGGAGCCGGAUGCUGCAUCGCCUCCCUGCCAAGCAGCACCGGAUGUUGGUUCUGACGGGUGCACCGGAACACGGGUGGGACUGUGAGAUUUGCUGCGUGUAAUCGAUUUCAUCGAUUGGUAAUACCACCACAGGACUCGCGUAUCACCUGCAAGCCACGAGCUUCAACGUGCAAAUGCCAUCCAGCCAGACUGAUGCGUUGGAGCUACGUGGCUAGUUUCGGUUAUCACCGACUGGCGUGGGGGGAGUGUGCUUAUCACGAUCAGUAGAGCCAAGUCCAAGGAAGCGCGAUUUCUACACACAUCGUUCCCUACUAGAAAUAAAUGGAGGCGAGUUAAAAGAUGUCCCAAAAAAAAACGACCCAAUAGAGUGGAGUUUUACCAGAGAAUCCAUCGGCAAGCAUUAGGCAAUAGGGGUUAACUUCUAUCGUGACAAUGCGCACUCUAUCUCACGCACGCAUCCCACUUUAUUGCAAAAUCUUCUGAACGACCUGACGAAUUGGACCGAUAGGACGGAUGUAUUAUAUGAUAAGAACAUUAGUAUAUGUAAUAGGUCGUUGUAUAUAAGUUAAUGUAGCUUUUAAGCUUUUCGAUUGAUGUGCGUUUUUCGAGUGUCCUGCGAUUCUCACACGAGGAUAGUCUCUCGCAGCACCAGCAGACAGUUCCGAGGUUGGCCGCAACCGACAGGAGGGAGAGAAAAUUAUGUCUAGGGCAGGUACCGUUGCAUAUAAGACGCGUACGUUCCGAAUUCCAAAGCUGUCUUGUAACUUGAAUAUUUUGCGCACCUUCGAACUACCGUUGGUUAAGAAUAAUAAUAAAA